AUGAGAGUAUUUGUGGCGAUUGCGAUCCUUGCUGUGAUGCAGCGGCCGGUUUCAGGAGAGACACCUACCGACUCUUCGUGCGUGUGCAGCCCUGCCAUCUACGUCGACUGUGUGGACAAAGAGGGCGGAGAGACGAACACUAGUGUGAUGUACCAGCUCCGGGCCCAGUUAACUCUGCUGCAGGGAACAGUGGAGUCAUUGCGGACUCAACAGGAGAUUCUUAUUGCCGAGGUCAGUAAUCUUACCGCAGAACUCCGUAAAGAAGCCGACCCUGUGGAGCAUGUAUGCCCCAGCGGUUACGUACAGUUUGAAAACAGGUGCUUCAACUUCUCUACCGACAAGAAAACCUACACCGACGCCCGGUCGGCCUGCCAUGCUGCCGGCGGGCGGCUGGCUAUGCCGAAGGACCAGUUAACAAACGACUUCCUGGUGAACGAGGUCUGGACCAGGUACAUCAGUCCCUACAUCGCCUGGUUCGGUCUGACAGACCAGGUACGGGAGGGAACCUGGGUGUGGGAGGACGGGACACCGCUAGUCGGCUGGUCCGACUGGGCACCAGGAGAACCUGAUAAUUACUUCAACUCUGACUGUGCAGGUUGGGGUUCAAGAUCCGGCCUGAAGUGGAUCGAUGCUGAAAGCCGCAUCAAUGCUUACUAUGUGUGUGAGAUGAGAGCUACUGCCCUCUAGAACUCUGACCCUCUCUGUCUCGGCUUGGCUUCGCGAACGAAGAUCAUCUAAGGAUGUUGCCCACGUCUGGUGCAGGUGCGCUGAUAGCUGAUGGGUCCGAUGCUUGACAGACAGACUCGGCCGGCGGCAGGGGAAUGCAGGGCUGAAGUAGCCUCCAUAGCAGGCUCUCUGUGGCCUUUUUUUGCUCAUAUUACACUUUUUCUGGCAAUUAGUUUCUUUUUGUACCGGGUCGCUGAUUGCCGGUCGUCGUUGAUUACUGGCCG